UGGGGAAAAUUCCUUCGCCAAAAAAUCGUAAACUCUGUUCCUACAUUCCAUUUCCAUACUCCACUAGUGCGGGAACUUUCCGCCAUCCUGCAACAAGUCAACAACAACCUCCGCGAUAUUCGAUUCUGCCUGCAACGCCCCUCAAUUCUACAUAGAUUUACGCUGCCUACCAUUCUCCCGUUCCUCUCCCCCAUGCUCCGUCGUCACACUGACUACAAUUUCAACUUGUCGUAGUGGUGUUCAGCCGGGAUUUUGAAAUGGUGGAGGCGGUAAGUAUCGACUUCGACGAUCACGGCGCCUCCGAGGAGCAACUCCUCUUGUCGGACACCAACACCGCCGCCGACCGGUCUUGGCGCUUGAACUUCGACGGCUUCCAGCUCUCGUCGGAGCAGAAGGAGAAGCCUUGUCGCGGCAUUCAUAGCUGCCUCGGUGUUUUAAAAGAAGAAGAUAACGUGGCAGAAUAUUAUCAACAACAAGUAGAAAUGCUUGAGGGAUUUAAUGAAAUGGAUGCCUUAACAGAUCAUGGUUCUCUGCCAGGAAUGUCAAAGGAAGAAAGAGAAAAAUUAGCCAAAAGUGAAACAGCUGCAAUCAUGAUAUCAAAUGUUGCAAACAUGAUUCUGUUUGCUGCUAAGAUUUAUGCAUCUAUUCGUAGUGGUUCACUGGCAAUCAUUGCAUCAACAUUAGACUCACUUCUAGAUCUUCUGUCUGGUUUUAUAUUGUGGUUUACGGCCUUCUCCAUGAAGAAAAGAAAUCCAUAUAAAUAUCCUAUUGGAAAGAACCGUAUGCAGCCUUUGGGAAUCCUUGUUUUUGCAUCUGUUAUGGCGACUUUAGGAUUACAGAUAAUUUUGGAAUCUCUUCGCACGCUGUUAUCUAAUGAGAUGGAUUUUAACCUUACAAAGGAACAGGAGCUAUGGGUAGUUGGCAUUAUGGUUUUUGUAACUCUGGUGAAACUAGUUUUGGUGAUCUAUUGUCGAUCCUUCACCAACGAGAUUGUCAAAGCGUAUGCUCAAGACCACUUCUUUGACGUUAUCACCAACGUCAUAGGUCUUAUUGCUGCAUUGCUUGCUAACUACGUCACUGGCUGGAUGGAUCCUGUUGGAGCUAUCAUUCUCGCCAUAUACACCAUCCGAACGUGGUUGCUGACAGUGCUGGAGAAUGUGAACUCCCUCGUUGGCCAGUCAGCUACCCCGGAAUACUUACAAAAAGUGACAUACCUAUGUUGGAAUCAUCACAAAGCCAUAAGGCACAUAGACACUGUCAGGGCUUACACCUUCGGUUCACACUACUUCGUCGAAGUUGACAUCGUCUUGCCUGCAAAAAUGCCCCUGCAAGAGGCCCACGACAUCGGAGAGUCUUUACAAGAGAAACUGGAACUGUUGCCUGAUAUUGAGCGCGCCUUCGUCCAUCUCGAUUAUGAGUUCAGCCACAAACCCGAGCAUACACAAGCACAUCUUUAGUCAAGAAAUGCUUGGAGUUACUUGGACAAAAAAUAAGAUUGAUUUAUAUUUGGCGUCCUUCAUUAAUGGUGUAAAGUAUCCUCUGAGCUCUGAAACUGGAAAUAACAUGUGAUUGAUGUGGUAAAUGGUUUAAAUAGAAACCAAUUUGCCAAGUCUUCCCAACCUA